GUUAGCUCGUCACAAAUGUCCGACUGAGUCAGUGGCAACACAGGUCAGACAAACCUCAUCCCUUCUUCCUCUCUGCAAACUCUUCAAGUUGUAAAAAGCCAAGGGUGUCAGCUCCCAGCUGUUGCACGCUCGGUCAUUUGACCACUCAAGGGAAUUCAGGGCAGACUAAGGGCGGUCAGAUUUUCAACGACGGUGGAAAUAUUAUCGCCACCUCCUUGCAUUGGGAAAUACCGAAUGGUAUUGUGGUGAGGAAGGUGGAGCUUAGAGCACUUUAUUAACGUGAAACAUUGCAACCAAAGAUUGCAACUGCUUCAAGGUUGCAAGAAGCUUUGGCAUGCAGGGACUGCUCGAGUUCCCCCUGAUGUCCUAGUGAGUAACCAUUGUAUGUGAAACGCCCGUAUACCGGGAAAAUGCCUUGGAAUUCAGUCAAAAUGGGGAUUUUUAAAGUACCUGCGGUGGUAUUCCUUCUAACGGCAAUGGUAUAUGUUACCAACUCUCAACGGAUUGGCAAGGAUCAACACUAUUCCGAUAUUGUGUUUCUGGUGGAUGGAUCUCGAAAUGUGGGAAGAGUGGGAUUUGGUGAAAUCCGGAAGUUUAUCCUGGAGGUUGUCCGCCAGCUAAACGUUGGAGCGGAUACACACAGGAUCGGACUUGCUCAGUACAGCGGAGAUGCACGUACUGAAUUCUUGCUGAACAAAUUCCAGACAAAGGAAGAGGUUACAAACUACUUACGGAGGGACUUCACCUUCAAGGGCGGAGCGGUGGCGAGGACAGGGCGAGCCAUUGACUUUAUACACAAAACCCUCUUUGUCAAAUCGGCUGGGAGCCGGAAGGAUCAAAAAGUUGCUCAGAUCGCCGUCGUUAUUACUGCCUCACCAUCGCAGGAUAAAGUCGAAACAGCUGCCAAAGCAAUGAAAGCUGAUGGCGUGAGGGCUAUUUCCUUUGGUAUAAGCAAGGCAGAGCAAAGUGACCUAAUCAAAAUUGCCUUUCUUCCAAGUUACCCAUUUAUGAACAGUGCUGAUAGUUUUGAUGAACUUCUGCAGCUUGCGGACGCCAUGCCCACUGCAAUACAAACGAUCAUACGGAAAUCUUUAGUGGUGAAAGAGCUUGAAAAACCAGCAGUGUGCCAAACCGCUUCGAUGGCCGACAUCGUUUUUCUUGUGGAGGAAUCAAAGAACAUGAACACGGCAAAUAUUCGGCUGAUCCUUGAAUUUCUGAAGAAUUUCAUCUCGGUUCUCAACAUUGGGUCAGAGAAAGUGAGAGUGGGUUUGGUUCGGUACGGCAGAUCUCCCACGGCAGAAUUUUACCUCGCCACAUACCAGAACAAGGAAGACAUUCUCAACCAUGUCAAAUCGAUCAAAGUCACACCUUCUGGGGUUGUAAAUGCAGGACAUGCUCUAAACUAUGUAAGAGAAAAUUAUUUUGUGGCAAGGGCCGGUAGCCGGAAAACAGCAGGAAUUCCUCAGAUUGCGUUUAUUAUCACGGACGGAAAAUUUGAUGAUGAUGUCAAGAAAUCAGCGGCUGCCCUUCGACGAGAUGGUGUUCUUGUAUACACCUUGGGAAUGAAAAGCACCCAAGAGAGCCAGCUUACAAACAUUGCCUCAUAUCCUCCUGAAAACUUUGUUUUAAGCAUAGACAGUUUUACAGUUUUAAAAGAUAUCGAAAGAAUUAUCCAAAAGAAAAUUUGUGUUGGGAUCGUCCAUUUGACAUCAGUAAAAUCUGAACACACAGAUCAACUGCAACAAAGUUGCGUUGAUACCGAGGAGGCUGAUAUUUACUUCCUGGUUGAUGGGUCAGGUGACUUAUCGUCCGAAGAUGUCAAGGACAUCAAAGACUUCAUGAAAGAUAUUGUCGGCGUUUUCAAAAUUGGUGCAACCAAAGUUCGAAUUGGUGUCGUCCAGUAUAGCUAUGCUCCAAAGACAGAAUUUGACGUUGUUAAAUAUACGAACAAACAGGAAAUAGUGACAGCAAUUAAUAAUAUUAGAUUUAUCGGAGGGGAGCUGUCAGUAACAGGACAAGCACUGACACAUAUGAAGGAUCUCUUUAACGAAGCAGAUAAAACUCGUAAAAUCCGAGUGCGCCGCUUCCUGAUCACUAUCACAGAUGGACAGUCACAAGAUGACGUUUCGAGGCCUGCUGCAGAAUUAAGGCAACGAGGAGUUGAUGUUUAUGCCGUUGGUGUGGCAAAAGCCAAACGGACUGAACUCCUACAGAUCGGAGGAGAAAUAGACAGGGUUUUUAACACAAAAAAUUACGAUGCCUUGACGGAAAUAAAACACUCCGUUUUGCGGGAUAUGUGUUCGAAAGAAGCUUGCAGUAAACUGGAAGUGGCAGAUAUCAUUUUCCUCAUUGAUGGAUCAAGAAGCAUAUAUUACCUAGAUUUUAACAAAAUUACGCGUUUCAUAGAAACUUUAAUCAACAAAACUGAAGUUGGCAAAACCAGGGUCCAAAUUGGAGUGAUACAGUUCAGCACACAAUCCAGGCUGGAGUUCCGGCUUGAUCAAUACUCCGAAAAGAAUAAACUGCUGAAAGCUCUUCAUGACAUUGAACAGCUGAAUGAGGAGACCAGCACCGGUCGUGCACUGACAUUCGCCAUAGACUACUUUGAUGCCUCACAAGGGGGUCGUCCCGGUGAACGGCAAUACCUUAUUGUAAUUACAGAUGGGAAAGCGCAGGAUGAAGUAGAAAGACCUGCUAAAGCCAUAAGGGAAAAAGGGAUUAAUAUUUUUGCCAUUGGUAUCUACAAUGCUAAUAACAGCCAGCUGGUGGACAUCGCAGGGUCCCAGGAUAAAGUUUAUCACGCAGAGAAUUUUGAUGCCCUGAAAGACCUUGAUAAGUUGAUCUCAUUUGAAGUGUGCAAUCCAUUUGAAGCAUGCAAGAGAAUUGAAGUUGCAGACGUUGUAUUUGUGAUGGAUGGUUCGAUCAACAUAACCACACCUCAGUUUGAAAACAUGAAGAACUUUAUGAUAGCCCUGGUAAACCGUUCGGAGAUUGGCAGGGAUAAUGUUCAAGUUGGAGCCAUUCUGUACGGGAACAACCCGCAGAUUAUAUUCCAGCUUGAUAAAUUCACAAGCAAAGCCGAAAUGAGAGAUGCAAUUUUGCAAUUACAGAAGAAGACAAGUGGAUCCAGGAACACUGCCAAGGCACUACAGGCUGCAAAAGAACUUCUGACUCUAGAAAAGGGUGGGCGAAGCAGGACAAAAGUCGCCCAGUUUGUUAUUCUCGUUACUGAUGGACCAGCCCGAGAUGCAAAAGAUAUCCCAGACAUAGCUAAAUCCUUGAACGAUAAUGGCGUGGGAGUCUAUGCCAUUGGUGUAACUGGCGCCAACAAAAACGAACUUGUGACAAUUACAAGUUUUGAAGAGAAGUACUACUUUGCUUUGGACUUCAGUGCUUUGAAGGGGUUAACCAGAGUAAUCGCUCAGUUGCUGUGCAAUCAAACCAAACCUGGAUGUGAUAUCGAGAAAGCAGACAUUGUUUUCCUGCUGGAUGGCUCAGCAGCGAUCAAUGACGUCAAUUUCCAGAUGUUGAAGAAUACCUUGAAAGACUUCAUCAACUUGUUUGACAUUGGCGAUGAUCGCUUCCAGUUUGCAAUAGCCCAGUACGGCACUGGGCAAAAGACCGAAAUCUACUUGAAUGAGUCUUAUUCACACGACACAAUAGGGGACAGAAUUGAUGGAAUGGUCCAGUUGCUCGGAAAAACAGACACCGGGGCAGGAUUACGAUAUGUGGGAGACCUCUUCCAGCCAAAGAUGGGAAGUCGCAGGAAAGAGAAGGUUCCCCAGUACCUACUGGUGUUCACAGCGGGGAAAUCUAGCGACAGUGUGGUGGCUGCAACAAAUGAUCUGAGGAAACAGCACAUUAACAUAUUUGCACUGGGUACUCAACAUGCAAACCACAAUGAGCUUCUGAAAAUCACUGGAGUGGUAGACAGAAAAAUCUAUAUGAAAGAUUUCCAAGAGCUAACUAAAAUUAAAAGAAGAAUUGUCCGUAAAAUUUGUACUCCGAUCCCUCCUCCAAAAGAGGAUCCAGCGUGCAAAAUUGAUAUUGUAGUGGGGUUUGAUCUUUCACAUGGAGUUGGUUUACCGAACAUAUUUACUGACCAACAAAUACUGCAAGGAAAGCUUGGCCAAAUAUUACAGAAAAUCACUUCUGUGGAAAAUAUUUGUUGUGCUUCUGCUUCCCAGCUAAAUAUUAGAGUGGCCUUUCAUGUAAUAAGCAGCGGUGGCCAUAAUGUCUUUGAAACUGAAUUUGAAGAAUUCAACCCAUUGAUUGUAAAUAAACUGCUGGAGUUGCAAACAGACGACAGAAUUGAACUGAAUGCAGAGUUAUUGUCAUCAUAUAUUGACAGAUUUAAGGGAUCAACUGCAACUGCAAAGGUAGUAUUGUUAUUCACAGACGGAUGGGAUGACACCAAGGAGAUAAUUAAAGAGCAUGCAAAUCUAAUGUAUAAUAAAGGGAUUCAUGCGUUCAUCGCUGUGGCUCUGCAAAAUGCAGGGACAUUUGAUAAAACUGCGUUCAUUGACUUUGGAAUUGGAUCUGGAUACAAGCAACAGCUAUCGAUUGAAAUGGAUGAUAUUGAAAGUUCUUUGCUUAAAAGAAUUACGGCAGUUUCUGAAAUGAAGUGCUGUAAGGCCCAAUGUGUGUGCAUGGGAGAACCAGGCGGCAUUGGUUUGCAAGGACGUACUGGCCCGAAGGGUGAAAGAGGCACAUAUGGAUACAAUGGGACUCGCGGAGGUGAAGGAUGCUCUGGUGGCAGAGGCAGCAAGGGCAGAAGAGGUUAUCGUGGAGCCAAGGCGAGCGAUGGUGAAAAUGGUACUGACGGAAUAAAUGGAGCGCAGGGAAUCCAGGGUACUUCCGGCGAUUCUGGCGUGAAGGGCAACAGCGGUAAACCGGGGAAAAAGGGGAAAAAAGGAAUUCCAGGUGAUCGUGGAGAGACUGGUUCACGUGGAAACCCUGGUGAACGUGGGGCUGACAGAAAUGUUGAAGGUCCGCAGGGCGAAAAGGGAAAUCCUGGCCAAGUGGGUAAUCCAGGAAGCAUUGGUAUCCCAGGAAAACGUGGAGAUCCAGGGCAGCCUGGUCCUGACGGAGUGAGGGGACCACCGGGAGAGAAGGUGAGAUCUUGUUUUUUUUUAAUUUCCUUGAUUGCAACGUUGACAGUGGAAAAUAAGGCUGGCAAAGUGGAGGAUAGCCCGAGAGUCUAACCUAGACCAGGGACAAACUCUACUGAACGUUUUUCCUUCCAUUAUUUAUUAUGUAAAAGAAAGUCAAGUCAAGUCAAGUUUAUUUGUCACAUACACAUACGAG